AUGCUAUCCGGUGCUGAGUCAGCAGCGCUUCUGUCCGUGCUGGCAGAAGACAAGUCCUUCAAAUCUAACGCCGAUGCCUUUUCCCGCGCGUUUUCUCCCGCACGCCGCUUCACCGCCUGCUGCGCCCUCUCCAUGCUCCUGGAGGAUGGGAUAGCGUUGAAGGGAACUCAGCGCCUCAUCUCACUGUUCCUGCUGCAUCACUCUUUUCACAACGAGCCGCCGAAGGACCAUCCCUUCGCUCCGCUGCUGCUGCAUGUGGCGUCAGAGGCAUCCCUGCCUGCCAUAGAGCGCUGCUUCGCGCUCAACCUGCUCUCACACUCAAUGGCAGAUGUUCCCAGCAAGUCAGCGCGGGACUAUGUGCACCACUUUAAACCCCCCAACCAGCUCCCUUCACGUGAGGCCAUCUACAAGGCACACCCCGACAUCGUCCCCUCUCCCUCCUCACGCUCCGCCACAUCCUCUGCUUUCAACGCCUCUCCCGCCUUCACUUCUUCAUCAGCUUCUCUAUUCGCUCCCAUUGGCCCCGGCGGUAGCAAUGCGUUCAGAGCAGCAGCAGUGCCGCGUGUUCUUAAGUGCUCCAAGCGCACUGUUGCUGAGUGCAUGCAAGCACAGGCAGCACAGCAAGCAGGGAUGCCUGCAGCGUUGGCAUCUCGGGGGUCAAAACAGUUUGAGGAGGAUAAAAGAGGCAUGACCCCUGGACAUGAGACAGCAGCAUCGGCAGCAUCGGCAGCAUUGGCAGCAUCGGCAGUAUCUGAGCUCCUCUCUCUUCUCUCCGCCAAUCCGUCUCUCAUCACCGCAUGUGGCCUGCACCCCUUGACCCUGCCACCUCUAGUGGAACACAACCCAGACAUUGCUGCAUGUGCGCUCACUCUGCUGCUGGCAUCGCAACCUGCAUUCGAGUACCUGGAGGUGCUGUCUCAGCUGCCCCUCACCCUGCACUCACUCGAGGUGGUGAGCCGAGUGGCAAAGGCUGUUGACUUACCACCCGAUUUCAUCCACUCAUACGCCAGUCACUGCAUGCGGUGCUGUGAGGAGACCAAGGAUAAGAGCAUGCAGAAUCGCCUGGUGCGAAUCGUCUGCAUCUUCUUACUGAGUCUCAUCCGAGAUAACAUCAUCAACGUGGAGGCGCUGUUCAUAGAGAUGCAGGCAUUCUGUAUCGAGUAUUCGCGGGUCAGGGAAGCAGCAGCCCUCUUCCGCAUGCUCAAAUCCCUCGAGUGA